GGACUACAAAGCCCAGAAUGCCUCGCCCCUCCCUGAUCAAUGAGGGCUUAUUUAAAUGAUCUCUGAGGUCUUGGACCCAGGCCAAUCAGCUGUCAGGGCUCAUGAUAAAUCGCAAUGCAUUAUUGAUAAUAAUAAUUACUGGGACAUGCGCGUUCCGGCCGAAGGGGGGUAAAUUUCCUAACUCCAGGAAUUUGUGGCGGAGUGGGCAAAUAACCGCGGCUCUCCAGGCGGCCCGAUGCUCGCACCAUGUCGAGGCGCAAGCAGGCGAAACCCCAGCACAUCAACUCCGAGGAGGACCAGGGCGAGCAGCAGCCGCAGCAGCCGGCCUCGGAGUUUGCAGAUGCGGCCCCAGCGGCGCCGGCGGCGGGGGAGCCGGGUGCUCCCAUGAACCCCCCGGGGAGUGGCAGUGAAGCCAGCAGGGAUGGCCUGACCUCGAAGAGGACCCGUCGGGAGGAGACUCACAUCUGCGAGAAAUGCUGCGCGGAGUUCUUCAGCUUCUCCGAGUUCUUCGAACACAAGAAAAAUUGCACUAAGAACCCCCCCGUCCUCAUCAUGAACGACAGCGAGGGGCCGGUCCCUCCUGACGACUUCUCCGGGGCUGGGCUGAGUCCGGGCAGCAAGGAGGGGCCCAGGGAGGAUGGCGGGGGCGGCGGCGGCUCGGGGGAGGCGAAGGAGAAGCUGGGCGCGGAGCCUGUCGUGUUCCUGAAGACCGAGACCGGCCUGCCGGCCGCAUCCCAGGACAUAAGCUACGUACCCAAAGGCAAAGUGGCCAACACGAACGUCACUCUGCAGGCGCUGCGGGGCACCAAGGUGGCCGUGAACCAGCGGAGCGCGGACGCGCCGCCCGCCCCCCUGCCCGGCGCCAGCAGCAUCCCGUGGGUCCUGGAGCAGAUCCUGUGCCUCCAGCAGCAGCAGCUGCAGCAGAUCCAGCUCACGGAGCAGAUCCGCGUGCAGGUGAACAUGUGGGCGUCGCACGCCCUGCACUCCGGCGCCGCGGGGGCCGACGCCCUCAAGACCUUGGGCAGCCACAUGUCCCAGCAGGUGUCGGCGGCCGUGGCGCUGCUCAGCCAGAAAGCCGGAAGCCAGGGCCUGUCCCUGGACGCCUUGAAGCCAGCCAAGCUACCUCACGCAAACGUCCCUUCCGCCGGCGCCGGCUCCGCGUCCCCCGGGCUGGCGCCCUUCGCCCUGAAGCCGGACGGGACGCGGGUGCUGCCGGGCGUCAUGUCGCGCCUCCCCGGCGCUUUGCUACCUCAGGCCCCAGGCUCUGUGCUCUUCCAGAGCCCUUUCUCCACGGUGGCCUUAGACCCGUCCAAGAAAGGGAAGGGGAAGCCACCGAACGUGUCCCCCGUGGAGGUCAAAGCCAAAGACGAGGCCGUCCUCUGCAAGCACAAGUGUAAGUACUGUAGCAAGGUUUUUGGGACUGAUAGCUCCUUGCAGAUCCACCUCCGCUCCCAUACUGGAGAGAGACCCUUCGUGUGCUCGGUCUGUGGCCACCGGUUCACCACCAAGGGCAACCUCAAGGUGCACUUUCAUCGACAUCCCCAGGUGAAGGCGAACCCCCAGCUCUUUGCUGAGUUCCACGACAAAAUGGCGGCGGGCAAUGGCAUUCCCUAUGCACUCUCUGUACCUGUCCCCGUAGAGGAGGCGAGUCUCUCUUUAGACAGCAAACCUGUCCUUGUAACAGGGACCCCCAACCUAGGGCUACCUCAGAAUCUCUCAUCAGGGACUAACCCCAAGGACCUCAUGGGCGGCCCUCUGCCCCACGACCUGCAGCCCGGGCCUUCUCCAGACAGUGAGGAUGGAUCCCUGCUCCCUGGGGUGGGGCCACACCACAGUUCCCCGAGGGUUGGUGGCUUCCAAGGGAGCGGGACACCCGAGCCGGGGUCCGAGACCCUGAAAUUGCAGCAGCUGGUGGAGAACAUCGACAAGGCCACCACCGACCCCAACGAGUGUCUCAUCUGCCACCGGGUCUUGAGCUGCCAGAGCUCCCUCAAGAUGCAUUACCGCACGCACACCGGGGAGAGGCCGUUCCAGUGUAAGAUCUGCGGUCGGGCCUUCUCCACCAAGGGCAACCUGAAGACGCACCUCGGGGUCCACCGAACCAGCGCGUCCGUGAAGACGCAGCACUCGUGCCCCAUCUGCCAGAAGAAGUUCACCAACGCGGUCCUGCUGCAGCAGCACAUCCGGAUGCACAUGGGCGGCCAGAUUCCUAACACGCCCCUGCCCGAGAGCCCCUGUGACUUCACGGGGCCCGAGCCCAUGAUGGUCAGUGAAAACGGUGGUGCGGGUGCCGUCUGUCAGGACGACGUUCUCGAAAGCAUCGAUGUGGAUGAGGUCGGCCCCCAGGAUGCCCCCGGGAGCUCCUUGAAGGUCCCCGUCCCUCUUCCCAGCGUCCACUCGGCGUCCCCCACGCUCGGGUUUGCCGUGACGGCUUCCCUCGAUGCCCCGGGGAAGGUGGGUCCUGCUCCUCUUGUCCUGCAGCGGCAGAGCAGCAGAGAGAACGGCUCGGUGGAGAGUGAUGGCCUGACCAACGACUCGUCGUCCUCCGUGAUGGGAGACCAGGAGUACCAGAGCCGAAGUCCAGAUGUCCUGGAGAUGGCGUCCUUCCAGGCGCUGUCCCCAGCCAAUAGCCAGGCAGAAAGCCUCAAGUCCAGAUCUCCUGAUGCUGGUGGCAAGGCAGACGGCUCCGAGAACAGCCGCACUGAGAUGGAAGGUCGUAGCAGUCUGCCAUCGACAUUUAUCCGAGCCCAGCCAACCUAUGUCAAAGUUGAAGUCCCUGGCGCCUUUGGUGGACCCACGACCAUGUCCCCAAGCAUGACGCCUUUGUUAGCGGCCCAGCCACGCCGACAGGCCAAGCAGCACGGCUGCACACGCUGUGGGAAGAACUUCUCCUCGGCGAGCGCCCUGCAGAUCCACGAGCGGACUCACACGGGGGAGAAGCCUUUCGUGUGUAACAUAUGUGGGCGAGCGUUUACCACCAAAGGCAACCUGAAGGUCCAUUACAUGACCCACGGGGCCAACAACAGCUCGGCGCGCCGUGGGAGGAAGCUGGCCAUCGAGAACACCAUGGCUCUGUUAGGAACUGAUGGGAAGAGAGUCCCUGAGAUGUUUCCCAAAGAAAUCCUGGCGCCUUCGGUGAACGUGGACCCCGUCGUGUGGAACCAGUACACCACCAUGCUCAAUGGAGGUCUGGCCAUGAAGACCAAUGAAAUCUCUGUGAUCCAGAGCGGAGGGAUUCCUACCCUCCCAGUUUCCCUGGGGGCCAGCUCCAUUGUGAACAACACCACGAUCUCCAAGAUAGAUGGCUCCCAGUCAGCCAUCAGUGCUGAAGUGGAAAAGCCAGGUGCUGCUGAUGGCGUCCCCAAACACCAGUUCCCUCACUUCCUCGAAGAAAAUAAGAUCGCAGUCAGCUAAGCUCUAGGAGAGGAACGCUGAUUGAAGGAGAAACGCAGGCAGAAUGACCUCUGGAACUGUACUUUUCUCUCCCUUUUUUCAAAGAACCCAUCUCCUCCUGUUUGUUUCUUACUGAUGUGCAAAUAAUGUUUACAGUUGUGAUCACAACCUCAGGCAAGUCCUACAAUCAGAUGUCAGUAUGCUGCUUUGCAAAAAAAAAAAAAAAAA